AUGGCCGUACAAACCUACACGCCCCACGAGCUUCUCCAUCUUCAGAAGGCACCUAUCGGAAAAGAGCUAUACGGUCAGCUCCAAGCAAAGCUUCGCCAAGAUCAAGAACUAGGCGAAGUCUUACGGUUACCCCUUGAACGCUCGCUUCCUCAAAUCAUGGAAGAGCCAACUAAUAUCUCCGGUGGUGCGGAGAAUGCCUCCCCUCGCCGUGGAGAAGGGGCUAGACAGCUAGAUGGCACUGAGUCUGAAUGGAGAUACCGUGGCCGCACUGAUUCGGAUGCCAUCGGAGCACAGCCCAUAUCUGCGCCGACUGGCUUAGCUGCUCAAAAAGAUGAAGGUUUUCAACGAUUCUACCGAGCAGUUGUGUCGCCGACUCAUGUUCGAGUUACAGCCGGUGGUCGCAUCGUACCCAAUACACGCGGCUCUCCAUCGCCCACAACUAGGUGGCCCAGAGAAAAGUCUACCAUUGAGGCAGCUACCAACAACAGCCGCCAACCCGGCCGAGAGCCUCUCCAGCAAGGUCAGUUUGCUAUGCCGCAGCCUAUUGGCUUUUUCCCUCCGCAUGCUAUGAUUCCGGGCUUUGCUCCUGGAAUGGUACCUAUGCCAACAGGACCAGCCCCAUAUCCUAUUAUGCCAUGGCAUGUAGGUUUCAAUAUUGGCGGAGCUAUAGGAAUGGCUCCUCACCCCAUGGGCCAUGUUCAAGGCCUCGUGGCAAUGCCGCCGCCGCCACCAAACUCCGCGAAUAAUGACCGUCAAAGUGAAACAGGAGCUUCAGAGAACGCGACUCCAACUCGGGUUGUUGCAUCCGACCAUUGUGAUCCGACACGUCCCCAUAUCCAUAAUGGACAAUGGAUGGUGCCGCCGGGAAGUACUUUUCACCCCUAUGCUUUGGGAUCUCAUCACGGAUUCUUAGGACCCCCAAUGUUGCCACCCAUGGCAGCUGGCCAGAGGUUUAUCCCUAGCCAUAUUAUGGCUCCUGUGCCUCAGGGCAAUGGACAGAUUCCCCAAGCUCAGGCAGCUGGCGUGCCGCUUCCCUUGCAGCAAUAUCCUACGGUACCGAACCUUACCCUUUCUGCUGGACAACAUCAGUCCUCCAUCCGGGCCAGCCAGAUAACCAAGAGACAGCUUUCGGUGCUUCGAGCAUCUCUCAAGUGGACAGAAGACCAGCUACAAUACAACAAGCAUCAGAUUGAUGAAAGAACCAUGGAACUCCAUGCGCAGUCGUUGCGUCACUCCAUCGAUCAUUUCGAGAAGAUUCAAGACGAGCAGGCUGCCAAUGAGGAUAGAUGCCUCGCAAAAGAUCAGUCUCAAGACGAUUUGAGUGAUUCUGCAUCCGCAGACGAAGAUCGGUCAAAGUCUCCAGUGACCAACAGCAGCGCAAAGCCAGAAAACAGCGCCGACAGCUUUUCCAGUCUCCCAGAUGAGGCCUCUAUAGUGCGAGCUGAUAAGGGAAAACCAAACGGCCAGCGGAUUGCUUUUCCUUCUAACCAUGACGGUGCUACAAUGCAAGCUACCCCUAACGUCCAGUCUAUGGGUGUACCCGAUGAAACUGCCGCCGGCAAGAAAUCAUCAACUUUGCCUGUCACUGCGGCGCUGGCUCCUCCAUUCCAGCCUCGCGUAAUAGGAAAUCAAUAUUCCAGCGACGAAUUGCCUCGUUCUGUUAAUAUGCAACCCAUGCACGAGGAGAAUGUUUCCCCUCAGCCUUAUCUUGUGGGAGAGCUACCCCUUGGUAUGAACGCUGAGCAGGCUCGGGACACAGACUACGUGUACCCUCGACAAUUGACUGAGGAUGAACUCCGAGCUCGUCACAUGUACUGGGGCAAAGCUCCUCACCACCUCCAAAGCGGUCUUCCAAAGUUCGAUGGCAAGGACUUUUAUCCACCUUCGCCAGACAGCAGUCAAUCUCCCGACAAUGACUCGGAUCUCAAUCGGAAAUUUGAUACCGUCAUGGCCAAGGUGAUUGAGACUGAAAGCGGUGGCAGAAACGGUGGAACUGAAGCUGAUCCUUUCCAAUCUUCUCGACGUACUCCGCAUACAUUUGGACGAGGUGGAAAGGGUGCCUCAACUGAAUCCGGCUCAUCUCAGAAAUCCACGGCCCCUAGCCAAGAUAGCGAUAUGCUGGUUGUUCGUCGUUCGCGUCAAGAUUCAGGAAAGAAAGUCCUUAAUGGAAGUCGUCACCAGACGACUGUUGCUGACAGUCCCAAUGCUCGCUCUGAGAGCGACAGCCCCGACGAAAACGACGUGAAAAACAUCGUAUUCAAAGGACGUAACUCUUUGCGUCAAGCUCGGCCAAGUCCUCGCAGCGGCAUCUGGCAUGAGAUGAUGAAACGCGGUACCUCAAGUGGUAACGCAGUUCCCGGAACAGUUUCGUCUACCACAGCCCAAGGUGUUCUGCCUCACUAUAGCGGCCACGCCACUGCAUCCCUUGCGCCUACAGCCACCAAUAUCAACUCUGCUCCCCGAGAGCAGGCCACUAAAUCGGGAAACUCCAAUGAAGGUGGAUCGACGAACUCCGCGGUGGAAAGACAGAUUGAAAACAGACCUCCUGGAGAUGGCAAGCUCAAUGCCUAUCUAGGCGUUCAGGGAUCGAAGAAGCGGCCUUCGGUGAUUUGA